AUGUAUCCGAAUGAAGAAAGUCUAAAUUGCCUGGAUCAAUUUAGAUUUAUUGACGGUCGUAGAUACCAUAACGAAGAUAAUGCAAAUUAUUAUUUCCCUAAUGAUAAGCAAGAAUCAGAUAGAUUACGAACUCAACAUUUUUGGGGUUAUGAAGUCUGGAAAGGAAACUUUUCUUCACCAAUAAAACAGAAAUUAGAAAAAGGAAAUAUGACUGUGCUUGAUAUUGGUUGUGGCGAUGGAACUUGGAUUCUGGAUUGUAGUACCACAUAUCCAAAUUCAACGUUCGUUGGUGUGGACUUUUCUCCAAUGUUUCCUUCUCCAAGUAGCUGCCCUCCAAAUGCUGGCUUUUUACAGCACAACGUUCUUGAAGGUUUGCCAUUUCCGGAAAAUACACUCGACUUUGUGUUUAUGAGAUUUAUGUCUACUUUUACUCAACGAGAUUGGGAACUAUUGAUGAGUGAGGUUAUAAGAGUCCUCAAAUAUGAUGGUUGGGUAGAGGUUAUGAAUGUUGUUCCUGAAUCUACAAAUAUUG